GUGACAUUUUCUCUGGUUAAAUAGUAAAAUGCAUGCAUGUUUGUAGUUACAGCAAUAGUGAGCAGCCAGGUCUGGCUCAUUGGCUGAAUACAACGUGCCAGCAGAUCAGAGCCUUGCACUCUGCUCAUAAGAGAGCCAAGCCAACAAAUGCUGGUGAGACAGAGACUGUGGAGGACUCUCCUCCUCCUGAGAGUUUCAGGCUGGACCACACACCAGUCACCCCUUAUUCAAGCUCCAUAAGGGAGAUGCUGAUGACAUUUGGGACCGCAACUUAUAAAGUUGGCCUUAAGGUGCACCCUAAUGAGCAGGACCCCCGUGUGCCUAUCAUGUGCUGGGGCAGCUGUUCUUGCACCAUCCAGUCUAUAGGUCAGUCUGCACCCAUUUCUUACGGACUAAGAAUUCAUGUAUAAGAUUUACAAUAUUCACUAACGUGUGUUAAGGGGUAGUUAGUAAAAAUGUUUUGCUUUUUGGUAAAGAACAUUAUGAUAUGCAUUUGUUGUUUUUCUGUGCUUGUACAGUGAGGGAAAAAAGUAUUUGAUCCCCUGCUAAUUUUGUACGUUUGCCCACUGACAAAGAAAUGAUCCGUCUAUAACUUUAAUGGUAGAUUUAUUUGAACAGUGAGAGACAGAAUAACAACAAGAAAAUCCAGAAAAACGCAUGUCAAAAAUUUUAUAAAUUGAUUUGCAUUUUAAUGAGGGAAAUAAGUAUUUGACCCCUCUGCAAAACAUGACUUAGUACUUGGUGGCAAAACCCUUGUUGGCAAUCACAGAGGUCAGACGUUUCUUGUAGUUGGCCACCAGGUUUGCACACAUCUCAGGAGG